GCUGUUUCUGCAACGCUGGCGUCUGCAACAUGUGUUCGAGAGAAAGAACACUGUAACGGAAGCAUUUCGUAGAUUUCCAGCCCUUCUUGCCAGUGUUCCUAUUACGUAGGGUUUCAGCGACGCCUCCCUAGCGGUUGCUGGGGUUUAUAAGGAGGUCUGAGUAAUUUGAACUGCUCUUGGCGAGUGGGCCACCGUGGACGUCGUUGGUAGCAGAAGAAGGCAGCAAUGACGUCCCUUUUAAUUGCCGUGGUCGCACUUGCUCUCGACGUAGGUUAUGGUCACCCAGCUGGCAAUGGAAUAUCGUGGUCUACAGGUGGAAUUGGGGGAGCCACGGGGCCUGGCGGUUCGUUUAGGGGUGUAGCGAGCGGUGGCCCAGCCUCUUCCAUCGGCACUACACUUGGCAGCACCAUAGGCGGCGGAGUAGGCCAUAGCUUGGCCGGCGGCUUGGGCACUGACCUGGGUAGUGUCUUGGGCGGUACCGCGGGCGGCGCCUUGGAAAAUGCCAUAGCCAACGGUGCAGGGGGCACGGCCUCUACUUGGUCGAGUGGUAGAGGCUCUGCCAUUAAUGGAUUGGCUAAUGGUGCCUUGGGUGCUGGUGCCUUGAACAGUGGCUUAGCCGGUGCAGUGGGCAGUGGCUUCGGCAGUAGGGUCGGCGCUACCUUGGGAAGUGGCUUGGGCACUAGCUUGAGCAGAGGCUUGGGCGCUGGCGCGAGUGCUGGCUUGGGCAAUGGCUUGACCGGUACCCUUGGAAGUAGCGUUGGAGGUGCCUUGGGUGGUCUCGCAGGCAGUGCCGUGGCCGGUUCCAUUGGUAACAACGCUAGAGCGGCUGGGUUGACAGGUCCAGGAGCUGAAGCAUAG